AUGUCAGGCAAGCCAGACAUGGGGAAAAUUGCCAGCUUUGAUAAGGCCAACCUGAAGAAAACAGAGAAACAGGAGAACACCCUGCCAGCCAAAGAGCCCAUUGAGCAGGAGAAGUGA